ACUAAAAUAAGCGUGAGAGCGGCAAGAUUUGAUUUUACGUGCAUCGAUGGCCCGAGAUACCCUCCACACAUCUGAAAUUGCCAAGAAAGGGGACAGCUUCUUUCCCCUGUAUCUUCUGCCAUGCGACGAAAAUUAUUGCAUAAAAAAUCUAAGCGUAUUUUGAUCUAAAUAGAUGAUUGUGAAUCACGCUCGAUUAAGUAUAAAAGGCUGGAACAUCUUCAACAGAAUCAUUCAGUAGUUGACAUCUCUUUAGUAACAGUACUAAAUUUUCUUAAGAAAAUACACAGUUUGGAAUCUCAAGAAAGUCAGUUGAAGAUUUUGAAUACUUAGCUUGGCAGCUUUGCUUGUUAGUGUUGAAGUUUAGUGUUUCAUCAAAGUCAGUAUGUUAAAGCUUGUAUCUUGCCUGAUUUUAAUAUGGACUGUUGUGGCCAGACCCGAGGCGCCUCUCAAUUCCUAUCUACCGCCGAAUGGUAAUGGAAAUGGAGUUAGUCCUCGAUACGGCCCUCCUGGUUAUGAACCCGGUGUUCCUCUAGGCCCGAAUGGAAAUGGCAACGGUAAUGGUAAUGGUAAUGGAAAUGGAAACGGUAAUGGAUACAGCAAUGGUAAUGGAAACGGCAAUGGAUUAUCCAAUGGUAAUGGCAACGGCAACGGCUAUUCUAACGGAAAUGGCAACGGUAACGGACUGAACGGCAAUGGAAACGGUAACGGGCUGAACGGAAAUGGAAACGGUAACGGACUGAACGGAAAUGGAAACGGUAACGGACUGAACGGAAAUGGAAACGGCAACGGCAAUGGUUACAGCAAUGGUAACGGUAACGGAAAUGGAUACAGCAACGGCAACGGUAACGGAAACGGCGCACCCAUCCCUGUUUACGGACCCCCAUCAAACGGCAAUGGAAACGGAAACGGAAAUGGCAAUGGCAACGGCAACGGAAACGGUAACGGGCUUCCAGCACCAGUUUACGGACCACCAAGAAACGGAAACGGCAACGGAAAUGGAAAUGGUGUUCCAAAACCAGUAUAUGGUCCACCAAGAAAUGGUAACGGAAACGGAAACGGAAACGGAAACGGAAACGGAAACGGAAACGGAAACGGAAACGGCAAUGGAAACGGCCGACCCAGUUCAACUUACGGAGUACCAAACGGAAAUGGAAACGGCAACGGCAACGGAAAUGGCAGACCGAGCUCUACUUAUGGAGUACCAAAUGGCAACGGAAACGGCAACGGAAAUGGAAACGGCAGGCCUUCUUCCACUUAUGGAGUACCUUCAAAUGGUAACGGUAAUGGUAACGGUAACGGUAACGGUAUUGCUCCAGUAUAUGGACCUCCAAGAAAUGGAAACGGCAAUGGCAACGGCAAUGGCAACGGCAAUGGCAACGGCAAUGGAAACGGUAACGGUAACGGCAAUGGUUACGCUUCUAACGGAGGAUACGCUAACGGUGGACCUCAAGAAGAAGAAGUUACGGAGCCCGCAAAGUACCAAUUUGAAUAUGAAGUCAACGACCCAGAAUCUGGAAACGAAUUCGGGCACAAAGAAGAGAGAGAUGGUGACCUUACCAUUGGAGAAUACCACGUAUUGCUUCCUGAUGGUAGAAGGCAAAUUGUCCAAUACGAAGCUGACUUAGACGGAUACAAACCAGUCGUAACUUAUGAAGGGGAAGCUAAUGGCGACGGAUCUAACGGAAAUGGAAACGGUGGCUAUCAAUACAACGGAAAUGGAAACGGCAACGGUAACGGUUACGCCAACGGCAAUGGAAAUGGUAACGGCAACGGUUACGGCAACGGAAAUGGAAACGGCCACAGCAACGGCAACGGAAAUGGAAACGGCUACGCCAAUGGAAACGGUAAUGGUAACGGUUAUGCCAAUGGAAAUGGAAAUGGAAACGGAAAUGGCAACGGAAAUGGCAAUGGCAACGGAAAUGGAAACGGCUACACCAAUGGAAACGGCAACGGCAAUGGAAACGGAUAUCCAGGGAGUAGUGGUCCGUAUUGAUUGUAGUCAAUUCACUAAUUUUAUAAUGAACCUCGCUCAAAGCUCUGGUUUAUGUGAUCAAGAAAGCUGACAAAUAUUUAUAGAUUGAUCUUUAAAUUAAAUUCGCUCCAGUAAAAAAAUUCUAGAAAGUCCAUAAAUUGUAUUCAAAAACCCCUUUGACUACACAGUGUAAUAUUUGUCAACUAUUCCUAAAUCGACUAUAAUAGGAAAAUGUAUGUAUUAGCUACUAAAUAUGCCAAAACACUUGCAAUACUAAUAGGAUUUAUAAUUGAUUAAUUGUAUUAAUUCUACUAGCUAUACUAGAUAGUAGUAGAUGCGCAAUUAAUUAUUAUUAAACUACUCUCGAAAAUGACAUAUCUAUUGUCUUUAUUAUAUAAAGGUUUAUGAAAUCCGCUACUAGUGCAUAAGUGUAUAAUCAUAUUUAUUACCUACCUAGUAGUCAAAAUAGUAUACGUUAUUUAUUAAAGUAUUAUAAGUUUGAUGACUGAUGACGACUGCAAUGUAAUGGAACUGAGUAUUGGAUCUUUGCCACUUCUGCAUUAUGUAUAU